ACUCCUGAUCACUCCUCCUCCUCUCCCUCGUCCAUCGCUACUUACUCUUCAAAUUUGCCGGGUCUUCCUCCUUCGAACUCGCAUUCUACCUGCAGCAUCUCUCCAGCCCUCGAGACUUGCGAAUACAAUCGAAUGGAAUUUCCGAGUUUCCCCUGAAACUAAAUCUUUUGCUCGUCUCUCAUCGAUUCCUACCACCACCUCUUCCUGCCCUUCUUCCACGUUCCUCUCCGCUGCGGGGUCCGACAAGCCCACAUUUGCUACCUAACGGGGGUCCUCUGCCCAUUCGACAGCACAUCGCAUACCAAAUCCGACCGUCUCGGGUGCUUUCAGCCCUAUCUCCCACACCAUGAGCUGUGAGUCAAUUUCGUGCGCAGUGUUUUGAAUCGUACAAUCCUGCCGGUUUUUUGGGGAGGGGGAUCAUAUACGAGGUCCUUGCUCUCUCGCGGCCGUGCUUGGUGUUUUUUUUUUCUCGCCUUGUCUCAGCUUUGACCACAUGGCACGACUCCGAGCUGGGAUUCAGUCGUAAUGCUUGUCUUCAUCUGCACGCCUCUUUUGUUCGUCGCAUAUUACAUCGCGGACUUUAUUGUUGGGCUGUCCGCGCUUUAUCACGAUGUCGCAACCAUGUUGAACAAGCUGUCUGGUCAGCCAGAAAGCUAUGAGAAAAAGGCCCUCUAUAAGUUCGGCCGUACACUCGGUGCAGGCACAUACGGUAUCGUCCGGGAGGCUGAGACGGGUGAUGGCAGCAAGGUUGCGGUCAAGAUUAUCUUAAAGAAGAAUGUCCGCGGCAAUGAGGGUAUGGUCUACGACGAGCUAGAGAUGCUGCAGAAGCUUAAGCACCCUCACAUUGUCUCUUUUGUGGAUUGGUUCGAGUCCAAGGAUAAAUUCUAUAUCGUCACCCAAUUGGCCGUGGGUGGAGAGUUGUUUGACCGGAUUUGCGAUUAUGGAAAGUUCACUGAGAAGGAUGCUUCGCAAACCAUUCGCCAGGUGCUGGACGCGGUUGACUACCUGCACAAGCGCAACAUCGUCCACCGAGACUUGAAACCCGAGAACCUUCUCUAUCUCACACGCGCAGCCGACUCGGAGUUGGUGCUUGCCGACUUUGGUAUCGCCAAGAUGCUGGAAAACUCGGCCGAGGUUCUCACCACCAUGGCAGGGUCCUUUGGCUAUGCUGCCCCGGAAGUCAUGCUUAAGCAGGGCCACGGAAAGGCCGUCGACAUGUGGUCGUUGGGCGUCAUCACUUACACUCUCCUCUGUGGUUAUUCCCCCUUCCGUUCCGAAAACCUGACCGAUCUGAUCGAAGAAUGUCGUGCCGGUCGCAUCAUCUUCCACGAGCGUUAUUGGAAGGAUGUCUCUCAGGAUGCGAAAGAUUUUAUUCUCACCCUCCUGCAACCGGAUCCCCACAAGCGUGUGACUUCGGAGGAGGCUCUCAAGCACGUGUGGCUGACCGGUGAAACCGCCGGCGACCGGGAUCUGCUGCCCGAGAUUCGUGCUUACAUUGCCCGUGCCCGUCUCCGUCGUGGUAUCGAGAUUGUCAAGCUGGCCAAUCGCAUCGAAGCGCUCAAAUUGCACGAAGAUGCCGAGGAGGGCGAGGAAGAUAUCCCCAGCCCAAUGGAUAUGGGGGCUGGCAGUGCUCCAACCGAAUCAAGCGAGAAUGGCGAUUCCGCUACCCCCACCACCAAAAAGCGCAGUCUUAGCAAGGUUGCUCGUGGCGCUAUCUUCCGAGAAGUAGUCUUGGCCAAGGUCCGUGAAGCCAAGGAAAAUGAGGAGCGAGAGAAGGUUGAACGAGAGGCCCGGGAGAAGGCAUCGCAUCAUUAAACUUCUAUCUCGUCCUGAUUUGUCGUUUCUUUUAUUGUUAUGAUGCCGGUUGAUGCUCCUGUAUUUUGCAUUGAUUCUGGAUAUAGUCGUGUGAUUCCCCAUUUUUCAUGCUUUCUCUGCACAUAAUAAGUUGAUUCGAAUGGAUUUUUCACUCUUCGUCCUCUUUCA